CUCCUUGCUUCCCUUGGCUCUUCGCUUUGCUCGGCAACACAGGAGCAACAACAACCAAGCAUCAACAACAUGGGCUUCGACGCACUUGUGCUUGGUGCCGGAGUCUAUGGCUUGUCAAUUGCGACCGAGCUCAUCAACCGCGGCUUGAAGGUUGCCAUUGUCGCGCGCGACCUUCCAGAGGACCUGACAAGCACCGGCUUUGCAAGCCCCUGGGCCGGAUGCAACUGGCAGUCGUUUGAGGAAGCCGGCACUCCAGAGGCCGAGUGGGACGCCAUCACGUUCAAGAAGCUGUCGGUCGUGGCUCGCGACCACCCAGACCUGUGCAAGCUCAUCCCGUUCGUCGUCGUGUCAGACGACCCCAAUGAGCCGCUGCCAUGGUUCAGCUCGCUUGUGCCCAACUGCAGGAAGGUUGACGCGACGCCCGACGCGCCGCUGCCCGGAGGCUUCCCGACGAGCAUACACUUUGACUCGUACAUCCUGCACGCGCCAAACUACCUGCAGCACCUCGCCAAGGGGCUGCGGGACCGCGGUGUGCCAAUUAUCCGCCGGCGGCUGGCGUCCCUCGAUGAGGCGUACGACUUGCCCGAGACUGGCUCGGUCGACCUCAUCGUCAACGCCCUGGCCCUCGGCAACCGCUCCCUGAUUGGCGUCGAGGACGACAAGAUGUACCCUGCUGGCGGACAGACUGUGCUCGUCAAGGCGCCGCUGGUCAACACCUGCGUCAUGUCAGUAGACAAGGUGUUUGACCCUGCGCCUGGCAAGUCGGGUCCAGCACCGAUCUCUGAAAUGGCGUACAUUAUUCCUCGGCCAGGACCCGAGGGCACCGUCAUCCUGGGCGGCACGUACAACCGGGACAACCACAGCGUGCUGCCCGACCUUGGCACCGCCGAGCGUAUCCUCAAGGACUGCUAUGCCCUCGAGCCUCUGCUAGCAGGCCCGAACGGCAAGUCGUGGCGCGACAUUGAAAUUGUGUCGCACAACGUCGGGCUGCGGCCGGCGCGCCAGGGCGGCGUGCGGCUCGAGGUCGAGCAGCGCGAGGUCGGCGGCCCUGCGGUCGGCACCUACUCGCACCUGUCGCCGCGGUCGCGCGCGCCGAGGAGACGAAAGGUCGCCGUGGUGCACGCGUACGGGCCCGGCGGAAAGGGAUAUCAAAGCUCGAUCGGGCUGGCCGAGAAGGCCGCCGACCUGGUCAUCGGGCAGCUGGCACGCGUGCCCCAGGCAUCCAAGCUGUAGCGUGUGCGGGUGCGAACAGACACAGCAGAGGCCAACCAACAAGAAGUACAAAUCUAGAUGCAUGAGGUGUGCAUGGAGGUUGUCGGCGGUCGUGGCACGCUUGGGGGCUAAUCUCGGCCACAGCGUGUUCGAGAACGCGCCACCCGUGCUCCCAGCCGCCCGCGCGUGCGGUGAUUGCGCACAACAUGCCCCCGGAAUCGCCGGAGUGGGCGGGUGCAGCGCGGGUCGUGCGGGCGUGCGUGCAUAGCUGCCGGGUAUCGACGAAUGCGG